AUGAGUAAAGACAUGAACGAAACCUGCAUGAUCUUCGUGGAUGACUCAAAUGUCUGGAUCGAAGCCCAAAAGUUCGCUGCCUCGGGUAAAGGCCGCUUACCCAAGCUCGAAGACUGCGACCAGGAUCCGCGCUGUAGAGUCAACAUCGGCGAGCUUGUCAGCACUAUCUCGAAUGGUCGCUCGGUGGAAGGUGCAUUCCUUUACGCCUCGCGCCCGCCGCCCAACGACGCAGUAUGGAACUCCUAUGAGAGGUUCGGAUUCAAAGUCAAUGUGUAUAACCGCGCCAAUAAUGGAAAGGAGAAACAGGUGGACAACUCUAUGGCAACGGAUAUUAGCCGCCAAGCAACCAGGCUCGAAGUUGGCGCUCUAUAUAACGAGAAGAUCAAAGAGGAACUGGACAACAUGACAUUUAUCGUGAUUUCCGGAGAUCGCGACAUGCUCCCGCCAAUCAAUGCAGCGAUAAAAUGUGGCAUCCCCGUAGAGGUCUGGGCCUGGGAGUCAGGCAUCUCCAAUGAGCAUAAGAAAAGAGACGGUGACAAACUGCGGGUGUAUCUCCUGAACCAGAUAGCCGAUCGAGUAUGUUUUACGAACACCAGCUCCACACGAAAGAACAAGAAAAUCGAGGCGGACAAGACUGUUGUCCUUUGCGACUCUAAUGACAAGGACAAUAGUAUGGAUUUUCUCGAAGGUUCUGUCUCUGAUUGCCUCCUAGGAAACUGCCGUUUUAUAUUCUACAUUACCCGGUCGCCAACAGACACGGAACUCUUUGUCGAGUUUCCAAAUCUCAAGAAUGUUGAGCGCAUCAUCUUUGAUGCACGAGAGCUAUUCAAAAAGACGACUGGACAGUAG